AUGACUAAGCUGCAAGCUAUAGAAUAUGCCGUUGGAGCUGUUUCACAGAUUUUGCCUUUAGAAGAGAACGAAGUGAAGGAUUUGUGCGAGCAGGUGUUGCAAGGCAACAGUUCGAAUUCUGAGAGUAUUGCACAGCGCUUUCUUGAGAUACUGGGCCAGAGUGAUUUGGCGUUCGAAUUUGUCAUUAGAUUUAAUGAAAUUUUGUCCCAACAGGAUGAGCCCAAGAUCAGGAAUGAGAGGAUCUAUCAAGAAUCAACCGAGCCGACUGAAAGAUCGCCUUUAAAAACAGCUACAGCCCCGAAGCCCCAAGUUGAACGUUCAGGAGCUCUUAAAGAAGUAGCCUCUUUAAAGCUCAGCUCUACACCUCUAGUCGAGGCAAAAUCUGGGCAAAAUAGCAACACCAAGCCCAAGACUAGCAAGAAAGAGCUUAUUCAAGAGAUCGACCAAGUGUGGAAAUUUCUGCAACUGGAUCACGAUGAGAAGAAUGUGACGAAAUUUGCCUGCAAUUGUCAAGGGAACCUGCAUCCGCUGUUUGAAGCGGCUCCUAACUGUCUUUCCUGCGGUAAGAUAAUAUGUGCUAGGGAAGGUCUUCAUCUAGUUCGAUGUUCAUUCUGCAGCACAGAAUUCAUACCCCUUGAAGAGAGGCUCAAGAUAGUCCAGCUAUUAAAGAGGGAGAAGGAGGAGCUAAUGAGCGAGUCGUCUACAAAGAAAUCUGCAAUGCAACAGCAACAAUCGAAUCGUAGAAACAGGUAUUCCAAGGGGCUUAAAAUAUCUUCGGGAAUGGGAACUAACUUGUUCACUGAGCAAGAUAGGCUUUUCGACUUGGUAGAAAGGCAAAGAGAAAGGGAAAGAAAGCGUGAGGAAGUUCUGCGCAAUGAAGAAGAAGAGCAGAGGAAAGAGGCAGAAAUUAGGCGGAGAGAAGAAAGGGAGCGAGACCUCGAUCCUGACUUGAUAGAAGCACAAGAGCGCUUGAAUAAACUCUUGUAUUUUCAAGAUACAUCGGCUGAGCGUACAAAGAUUAUCGACAAUGCUGCUGAUUUUAGUAUGUCGAAUGAUAGCGGUGUCUGGGGCACUGCUCAAGAGCGAGCGUUAAUGUUGAAGAAACAACAGCGUAACCUUAGAAAAUGGGAGAAGCUUGAGGGAGAAAGAAAUGGGAAACGUGAUAAAUACGUUGUCAGUAUGGACAUCGGUCCAAACGGUAAGGUGACGAUGAAAGAAGUGAGAAGGGGCAAGGAAAAAAGCACUGCGGAGUCUGAUGACGAUAUUGAUGGCAUAAGCGAUGAGGACGAUUUGAGAGAUCUGCGAGAUAUCCAAAAGCUGAAAGGUGAGGUAGAGUCGAGUAAGCAGGAGCAAAAUUCUAAUUUGCAGUCUAAAGUUUGGGACUACGAGAAGGAUAGGAAGCAGUGGGAGCCCCCCAAGUAUAUGCCCAGUUCCAGUAUAAAAAAAUCUGUAGCCACGCCUCAUGACAAAGGUGCAGAUCGAGAUCGGAAACAUAGGGUUCAAAUGGAUCAAGAUAAUCAGAGCAUAUGGGAAUUGAUUGCUUAA